CAUGAAUCGUCCAAUUCCCCAGGUGCAUACCACCAUAUAUUCAUUAUCAAUUAUUACACCAUUUACCAAGUGGAUCCCGCAGGAAGAUAUUUGAAUCAUCUGCAAUUUUGUUAAGUAUGGAACUAGCAAGGCGUAACAACGGCUUCCGCAAGGUUGCCAAGUGGAUUGUUGGCGCAGUUGUUGUGGCAGGUGCUGCCAGUGGCAAUGUCAUAUGUGAUGAGGUUUCGGAACCACAGGAGGCUGAAGUGAAGUCUGAGAUUAAUGUGAAUGGAGAGGAUAAGGCGAUGAGUAAUAUUGAAGAGGACGAUUUUGAUGCAGUUAUAGGCAGGCUUCCACACGACCCAUCUGCUGUGGCCAUUCUGAACUCAAGGGGCAAGUCGUUUACAAACCAAGACAUUUACGGAUUGAUAGAUCACGAUAUACGCCUAGGUGUAUUGCCCAUAAAGUUGUCUGAAGAAGAGAUACCUAGAGUUCGGGAACGUAUAGUAGAGUUAAGAAGAAAGAAGUUGUUGGACGCCAUAUCCUAUUUCGAUCAGUUACUAUCAGAACUACCUGAUGAACUCGCCCAAGAAGCAUCGAAAUACAGUUACCUUAGUGAAUUACCUGAAGACCUAGCCAAUGCUCUUGAGGACUAUGUAAAGGCUCUUAACGAUAGAAUCGAAGCAGAGCAAGACAAAAUAAGGGAAGCAGAAAUGAAAGAAAUGUUCGAAAAAAUGAAGGAAGAAGGAGCGCAAAAUAUGGGAGGAGCAGGAACAACGAAUGUAUCUAUGCCACCAAGUGGAAAAGGAGAGCACAAUAAUGAAGUGACGGAAGCCAAUAAAACCGAUGGUUCAAUGGAUCAGAAUCCAUCAGAAAACAACCAUUUGAAAGGGAAAGCACCAGAAAACGAAGAUAAAAAACCGAAAUCCAAGCCAUGGUACAAAUUUUGGUAAUUAAUUGAAGAGGUCAUGCCGUUUACUAAUGGUAACAGUAUUGAAUGAUAGUGUGGAUUCCACAGCGCUAGAGACAGAGCUCUCAAAGAAGGAAUAAAACAAUUGGUUCACGCCAAUAUACUUAAACGUUGAGCGUAUAAUUUCUUAUUGCAUUGAUCAUGCAUUUAUACACAUGUCUAGCGUUACACAUUCCUUAUAAUAUGUUGCAAUAUAUACGAUAAAACCGAGUUCA